GUCGGACUACCGCGAGCUGGCAGUAGUAAGUUCGACUCCAAGUGGUGGAAAGUUGGAACCUUCGCGUUCUGUAGGUCCUAGGCGUUCUGAAACCAGUUGACCGGCACUGACGGUACCCAGCUGAGCUGGAGAACGGAGAGAAUGCACCAUCUGGUAUUAAGGGGACAAGGGAAGCUUCUGAGAAGUUCACAUGAGUUUAGUUACACCCUGUCUCGGCGCUCGCACCUCAUCUUUGCCGCAUGUGUUUGUCGCAAGACAACUUCAGCAUAUCCAUUCACAAUUUGCCCAGCUCAGCUUUGAUUUCUGAGUGGUUCGGUGGCUGACGAAUCUUACCAGCUCGCAGCAUUUGCAGAAAAUGGCGGUCCAUCAACGGACCUUCAGCUCAAUGAGGGCCUCGUCGCGCCUGCUUCUUCGGGCGGCAUUGCUCUUGGUGGGCGCUUUGAUGUUGACUGACGCGGCCGCACCAGACAUCUACCCAACCUACAUUGGGUUUACGUUUCUGCUCAGCCCUGCCGGCACCCCCCAGGACUUCGGAUCCACUGCCUGCGUCGCCCCCUGUUCAGCAACCUUCUUGUUGGUCGAUGGGCAGCCCCAUGCCGUCAACUUUCCCGCAUCUGACCUCCCAAAGAUCGUCCCUGUGGAAGCCGAAACCGGAUACCUGAAUGACGUCACUGAUGGUUCCUUUGCGGCUGUGGUGCUGGUCUUUCCAGUCCCGGGGACGUACACUUUUGCUGACACCGCCAACCCGACCAAGAUCUUCGGAACUAUUGUGGUGCUCCCCCCCGGUGUGCCCGCCCCGGCCGGUGUGAAUAACCCCAACCAGUGCUACAACAACGUGGGAACCGAGUACAUCUUUUGCCCCGGCGGCUGCGGCCCUCCUACCGGCCUCGCCUCGUGCGCCGGAGUUCCGGAAGGCCAGACGUUUAACCCGGUGAUUAACGCCCCGGGUAACGUAACCUUCCCCCAGUGGCAGAUCAACGCGUUCAACAACCCGGUCAACUGCAAGGCGCCCUGUACCGCCACGUGGAUCUGGUCGGACCCCACGCCCCACACCGUGCAAGGUUUCGGCCCCAAUGCGGACGCCCCAGUGUGGACGGACAACGACAAGCGCCUCGGGAUCGAGCCCAAUGACGUGGCGCAGCUGGGCUUCACCGUCAGCCUGACGUUUGCACAGCCCGGGCUGUACGGAUUCAUCUGCGGCGUGCACGGCGUGUCCAUGUACGGCCUUAUCAACGUCUAUGAUGGCAGCACGGUUCCCUGCCUGAACGCCGCGAUCAACCCGAAUCCAACUUACAACGCGGCCGGCACGUCGCUCACCUGCGUCUGAAAAGCGCCUGCGCGCGUGGGGGCAGGUCGGCUGACGUCGCUCUGACGUCAAGCAGAGGCCCUCCGGGGAUCCGAACAAGGAGUCGACGGCUUGAGGUGUUAACCGACAGGAUACUGAACAGUUUGGUACAGUUUUAAGAACCGUCAUUAUAAGAUAGGCACGAACGUAGAUCGCAAAUCUUGCUGAGGCUCCUCUGAGAACGCAUUAGGAUGAGUGAGAGCGGCGCAUAGGAGAGGAGGGAAAUGGGGUUGAGAAUAGAAGGAGGCGUCAUCGUCAUCGCUUGAAUCCGAAGUCAAAUGAGCGGGUCUUUGACUCGGUAUGUCAUGUGCUGCGGGCAAUUUUGGGGCUUUUAAGAAAAAUAAAAAGAAAAGAGACCAGCCAGCGCGAGCGGGGGCGACAUCUUUUGGAGGUCGCCUAAGGAUGUCUUUUGAAGAGCGACAGACUAUCUAUUGGCUUCUCGGACAAAACGUGGAUCGACAGUCUCAAGGCGGAGUGUCCUUUCAGUCUUCGGUAUGGUACUAUGUAAAGUGGGCCCGCUGUUGUAUGUGGCGUCUUAAAUAAAGAUGGAUUAAGUAUUUGAUUGAACGUCAGACGAGUUAUGAGUAGAAACUUAAGUUACGUAUUUGUAUCACUUCUGGGCCGUUAAAUUGGGCCUGCCUGCUUUGAUUCAAAUGACCGUUUUGCGACAGUACGUUGGCAGCUUGCCAGUUGUACACACACCGGCCCGCCUCUUUCGGUGGGGAUCCCGUC